UCUCUCUCCCUCUCUCUGACACUCCCUCUACUCCACAGAGUUAUCAACACCAUGCUGGUGACCUGUGCUGUCUGCUGCUACCUGUUCUGGCUGAUUGCAAUUCUGGCUCAACUCAACCCUCUCUUUGGGCCUCAGUUAAGCAAUGAAACAAUCUGGUACCUCAGAUACCACUGGCCUUGAGGAUGGCUGUGCUGUGCUGCAGCUCACUGACAGGUGCAGAGGAGAUGAAACCUGCAGUGACCCAAAGGUGCCCUUUCUGGAGCUGUUGGACACAAAGCCUGCAGUAAUGCCUUAACCUUUCUAACGUUCUUCAAGUGGCUUCUUCAAAGUCCUGUGGUUUUUCUACUAUUCCAUUUAACAGAGUGCCUAAUGCAAUUUAUACUCCUCUUUGGUACUGUCCAUUUUGACUGUUAACUCCAGAUGUGAUGAAAAUUUCUAUUUUUUACGGGGCAUGGAAUCACAUUUCCUGUUCACUUUAUCUGUAAUAACUCUUUAUAUUUGCAGGUCUUAGCUUGUCUGUCAUUGUGCUGUUCACCCCUGUUCUGUUUGCACUGGACAAAAAUGUGUGCAAUAAACUGUGUGAGGAGAGGACAAGCAGUGGUACCAUGUGCUGAUGGUGAUUUUUUUUUUCCCAAAUUAAUUGUAUUCUUGAGAAAUCUGGCCUUAAAUUUCACAUGCCUGGAAAUAAAACUAAUCCUCUGCUUGAUACAAAACGUUCUGGUGCCAUGUUUAACUGUUAUUUGUCUGUGGGUUUAAUUGGAUACUUGGAGUUGAGCUGAGGAUGUUUACAUGAUGUGGAUAAAUUGUAAUGAAGUUAAAUAGCAGGAAUAGAUGGGGAACUGUUGCCUGUAUUGAGACCUCUGGGGUAGAUCUAUAAUAGGAUUAAACUUGCAAUUUAAAAUUGCUGAAAGGUGCAGGAAUAAGUGAAUUCUUGGCUUGAGAGCCUCUUUUCCAGGAACUUCCCAUUGUCUGAGGGGGACUCAGAGUAGCAAAGGUAACGUGGUUAAUUUGAUGAAGCCUUCACUGUGAUUUUGACUGGAGGCUGAUUUAAUCCCUGGCACAUUUGGAGGAUAUUAUAGGAGCAAAUGGAUUGAAUUGAAGAGCAAACAUUCCAGUUGUUUUGUGCUGACCUGACCCUUGCAUGUGCAUUGCAGAGCUGGCAAAGCCCAUGGCAAUGUGGGCAGGGGGUUCCUGAGGCUCCUCAGUGUCAGCUGAGCCCGUGGCUCUGGGAUGGAUCUGCUCUGUUGGUUCUGAGGAGCAGCUUCCCAGGGUAUAAAUGCUGCUCCCUGAAUGCCUCCUGACCUCAUGUCCAGAGAAAUUACAGUUAUUCCCUUUAUUGUUGUGCACAAGGACAUAAUGGAAUGGUUAAUAUUUUAUUUGCUUUUCCCUCUUGGAUAGCACCAUUAACUGUUCAGUGGGACAGCACUCAUUACUACACAGGAAAUUCCAAGAUCCUGACAUGUAACUUGCAGUGAUCCAAAACUGGACAGUGUGAAUUGCAAAAGAAGGAAGAACGUGCCCAUUAUUACAAAUAAACAUAGCAGCUGUUGGGACUGCAAUAGUGGAUUUUUUUUUUGUCAUGUCACCUUCUAAGAGCUGUAUUUUACCAUGCAAGAUGUUGUACCCUGUCAUGUUACACAGUCUGUACCAAAAAUUACAAGGAAAAUUGGAACCAAGUGAUCAUAUAAAAACUUGAAGUUGUUGUUUGAUUUUUGAAGUGUGUGGAGAAUAAAAUAUGUUGACAUUGUACGAGA